GUAGCCGCAGCAGGAGGAGGAGGAGGAGGAGGAGAGAAGGCAGCUAGCUGCCUGCCUGCCCUCCCUCCUGCCCUGCCUGCGGAAGCGAAGCCGCGCUCUUCGCUCGCGAGGGCCCUUUACUGGCUGCCGCCAGCCUCCUCCUCUGCAGCGGUCGCCCUCGGCGAGCCAGGAUGGCCGUUCCCUUGACCGACAGCGAGAAAAGGAAGCAGAUCAGCGUGCGGGGCAUCGCCGGGCUGGGCGAUGUGGCCGAGAUUCGGAAGAGCUUCAACCGGCAUCUCCAUUUCACGCUGGUCAAAGACAGGAACGUGGCCACCCCGCGGGAUUAUUACUUCGCUCUGGCGCACACCGUCAGAGAUCACUUGGUGGGGCGCUGGAUCCGGACGCAGCAGUAUUACUACGAGAAGGACCCCAAGCGUAUUUAUUACUUGUCUUUGGAAUUCUACAUGGGCCGAACACUUCAGAACACAAUGGUGAACCUGGGUUUGCAGAAUGCCUGUGAUGAAGCAAUUUACCAGCUUGGGUUGGACCUGGAAGAGCUGGAAGAAAUUGAAGAAGAUGCUGGCCUUGGCAAUGGAGGUCUUGGGCGUCUAGCUGCUUGCUUUCUAGACUCUAUGGCAACACUAGGACUUGCAGCCUACGGCUAUGGCAUCCGCUACGAAUUUGGCAUUUUUAAUCAGAAGAUUGCUGAUGGCUGGCAGGUGGAAGAAGCUGAUGAUUGGCUCCGUUAUGGCAAUCCUUGGGAAAAAGCUCGCCCAGAGUACAUGCUCCCUGUACACUUCUAUGGCCGAGUGGAACACACUCCAGAGGGCAUUAAAUGGGUGGAAACUCAGGUAGUGCUUGCCAUGCCUUAUGACACGCCUGUUCCAGGAUACAAGAACAAUACAGUCAACACUAUGAGGCUGUGGUCCGCCAAAGCUCCCAAUGACUUCAACCUUGAAGAGUUUAAUGUCGGUGAUUAUAUCCAGGCCGUGUUGGACAGAAACUUGGCAGAAAACAUCUCCAGAGUACUAUAUCCAAAUGAUAAUUUCUUUGAAGGGAAAGAGCUGCGUUUGAAACAGGAGUACUUUGUGGUAGCAGCCACUCUCCAGGAUAUCAUACGGCGAUUCAAGUCUUCCAAAUUUGGUUGUCGUGACCCCGUCAGAACCUGUUUUGAAACUUUCCCUGACAAGGUUGCCAUUCAACUAAAUGACACCCAUCCCGCCCUCUCUAUUCCUGAGCUCAUGAGGAUCCUCAUUGAUGUUGAAAAAAUGGACUGGGAUAAGGCCUGGGAAAUCACAAAACGAACCUGUGCGUAUACCAACCAUACGGUGCUGCCUGAAGCCCUGGAGCGCUGGCCUGUCUCUAUGUUUGAGAAACUCCUGCCAAGGCACCUGGAGAUCGUUUAUACUAUCAACCAAAAACAUCUGGAUCAUGUGGCAGCUCUUUUCCCGGGAGAUGUCGACCGCCUCCGAAGGAUGUCUGUGAUCGAGGAAGGCGACUGCAAGAGGAUCAACAUGGCCCAUCUCUGUGUUAUUGGGGCUCAUGCAGUCAACGGUGUGGCCAGGAUUCACUCAGAAAUUGUGAAGAACUCUGUGUUCAAAGAUUUCUAUGAGCUGGAGCCAGAGAAGUUUCAGAACAAGACAAAUGGCAUCACUCCUAGGCGAUGGCUUCUGUUGUGCAACCCAGGACUCUCUGAUGUCAUCGUGGAGAGAAUCGGAGAGGAUUUUCUGACUGAUCUGAGUCAGCUGAAGAAGCUGUUGGACUUUGUUGAUGAUGAGGCCUUUAUCAGGGAUGUGGCCAAAGUAAAACAGGAGAACAAGCUGAAGUUCUCUGCUUACUUGGAAGAACAGUACAAGGUGAAAAUCAACCCUUCCUCUAUUUUUGAUGUGCACGUCAAGAGGAUUCAUGAGUACAAGAGACAACUGCUCAAUUGCCUACAUAUCAUCACUCUCUAUAACCGUAUUAGAAAGAACCCCAAAAAAUCCUAUGUACCAAGAACGGUUAUGAUUGGAGGAAAGGCUGCUCCUGGCUACCACAUGGCAAAAAUGAUUAUUAAGCUGAUCACUUCCAUCGGGGAUGUUAUCAAUAAUGAUCCUUACAUAGGAGACAGACUGAAAGUCAUCUUCUUGGAGAACUACAGAGUCUCUCUUGCUGAGAAAGUGAUUCCAGCUGCAGACCUGUCUGAACAGAUCUCCACAGCUGGGACUGAAGCUUCAGGAACAGGAAAUAUGAAAUUCAUGCUGAAUGGCGCCCUCACCAUUGGGACCAUGGAUGGUGCCAAUGUGGAGAUGGCAGAGGAAGCUGGGGAAAACAAUCUCUUCAUUUUUGGCAUGCGGGUGGACGAUGUGGAGGCAAUGGAUAAGAAAGGGUACAGUGCUAAGGAAUACUAUGACAGGAUCCCAGAGCUCAAACAAGUUAUUGAUCAAAUUAAUAAUGGCUUCUUCUCACCAAAUGAUCCAGGCUGCUUCCGAGAUGUUGUCAGCAUGCUGAUGUACCAUGACAGGUUUAAGGUGUUUGCCGAUUAUGAAGCCUACAUCAAAUGUCAAGGACAAGUGGACCAGUUGUUCAUGAACCCCAGAGAGUGGACUAAAAAAGUAAUCAAGAACAUUGCUUGCUCUGGCAAGUUUUCCAGCGACAGGACAAUCACGGAAUAUGCCAGAGAAAUCUGGGGUGUGGAGCCUUCUGCUGUGAAGAUUCCCCCACCCAACAUCCCCAGGGAGUAAUCCACUACAGAGGUGCAUGCGAACGCCCUGGUAGGCUUGCCGCUGAGGCACUCCUGCCUCCCAACAAGUUUUCCACAGAUGAAUUCAACGUGCAUUUUACCACCCGUCAAUAAUCUCAUAUUUAUAAAAGGCAUGGCGGUUACUUGAAAUGGAGAUGACUGGUGCUCUCGGCUGAGGAUGAUAGGAGAAGAAAUGGGUGGUGGUGGGAAGAAUUGACCAAAGUCCAGCUGUCAAGGGGGGUGGGAAACAAGAUCUAAAACGAUGAACUUAAGAAAGGGAAUCAAAUGGUGCCAUUCUCUCUGUUAAUGCUCAUAUUUAACCAAUGCAGUUUAUUUGCAUGUAUUGUAUGUCAAGAUGGUACCUGAAUUCUGACUCUUACGUUUAUAGCAAGUCCUCCUGCUUAGUAACUAAGGAGAAGCCUAGGUUUAUUUGGAAAGUCUGCUUGUGAGCAAAUAUUUGGGAGUGGAUCGAAUGAAUGAUUUCCUCUUAAUAAAUAAUGCUGCCCUCUAGAGGGCGCCUAAAAAAAGGUCUCACUGAAGCCCUUCUAUAACCACAAGAAGAGCAUUUUCCCAAUUACUUGCCAUAAAGAGAUUUUUGACCUGUCGUAAACUCUUGAUGGCCGGAAACAGUUCUCAUUAAUCACUUCCAUUUCAAUGAGCAAUUUGCAUGUGCUAUAAUUAAUUAUUUAGCAGGAACUGUUGACAUAAAUUUAUAACUAUAUGGAAAGAGCUGGUCAUGAGACACUUGAACAGCAUUAAUAGUGCUGAAAGUGGAACUGCCUAUUGCGGCAUCAUAAUGGAAGGCAGCACACAGAAUGCACUGUGAAAGCACAGGCUUUUGUGGUUUCCCUUGCUGCCAUCUUUCUAGGGCCAGGCCAACACAACUUGUGACUUGUUAAGCCAAACAUAACCCACCACCCCUGUGUUAUGCGAUCUGCCACAUCCUUGACCAUCCCCAAGGCAAGUAGCAAAGACAGGGUAUUUAUUGAGUAAGCUACCAUGUUUAGUAGAGGGGCUGCAUUUGACUUGUCAAGUUACAACUGGUACAGUCUUUCCACAGCCAUUGUAUUAAGGGGCAUUUAUUAUAGUCUCACUUCUACUGUAGCCAGAAGCCCAGCUUCUGGCAGUCACACUUCCAUGCAUUAAUAGAUGUUGCAUUCCUACUUACUAAAUAAAAUAGUACCCAAUAUUCACAACCCUUAAGUUUGAAUUUCCAGUAAAAUAUUCACGGGUCUUUAUUUUUAUCUGUAUUUACUCUGCAACAUGAGCUACUAACUAAGUGGAUGAGUGACGUUAGUCUAUGAAAGCUUGGGGGAAAGUUACCAGGUAACUUUUUUUCCCCACUAGACUAGCAGUGUAAUUUGCACUUUAAUGCAAAAUAUCAUGAUCUGAAAUGUAAGUCACAUGAAUGUACUAUCAAGUUCCAGAAUCAAUGAGUUCAUUAAAACUGCUAAAUUGUCUGUUUCAAUUGUUAGGAAUGGUGUCUAGCUAGUAUUGUGAGGGUAUGUUGAAAAACUUAAUGUGAAGUAUUAAUCUCCUUAUUUUUUCUAUUUCUCCUUAGACAGAUGCCCCCAGGUGACAAAUCUGUAUAUAGAGUAAUGGGUGGCAAUCAUGUACAUUCUGAACAGAUGGUUGGCACACUCAAUAUUAACAUCAAUCAUCUGUUCAACAGAAAAAUCUUGCCCACGUAGGUGAUCUGCAUUAUCAAAGCUGACCAUGUUAAUUCUGUUGUGAAUCCCACUUAAGAAGGUAGUUCACAAAGGAGAUCCUUAUGAAUAGCUGUGUGUGCUGAAUAGCCUAUUAAAUCAAGCAAUUAAAAUAUGUUAAUAAAUAGAAGAUUCUUAUCAAGAACAAUAGUCAACCAGUUUUUUCCAGCCUUCUGACAUAGUCUUCACCGGUCCCUUAGUACCAUCUAGAAUGUUCCAGAAUGCAUCAAAACAAGAUGGAGCUAGCUGCACAGAUGUGAUGAUGAAUAUGUACUCUCCAGCUUAAGAACCCAGUUAUUGUCAGACAGAAUACUAGUUGAGCUCACCCUUACAAGUUGUUAGUCGACGGUUUUUAAGUAGGCAACAUGCCUAUGCAAACUGAUGAAAGUGAUUUAUGUCACCUGAAGGCAAAGCCUUACUACUGGCAACGAGGCAGGUGGCUUUUUAUGUUACAUCAGUGUCUUUGGGCAAUAGUUCUUAUGUUCAGGAAUGACUUUACCAAGCUCUGCAUUUCUGGUCUCUGCCCAAAGCGCAUCAGCAUGCUUCAGGUAUAGAAAAUCGUAUCGUAGAAAAUUGGACUAAGUGGUCUAUUUGAUCCAUUCCAACUCCUGUCUUUCCAUAAAAAUACCUAGAAGCAGUUAGGAAGUAAAGGCUGGUUCACACAUGCACACACACUGCUUGAUUUCUCUACACUUGUUUACUGUAGUUCACUGGCAGAAAGUGCAAACUGACUCCAUUGAUUUUCAUGAAAGCCCUCUCUGUGUUGUAACAUGCAUCAUGGGUGAUUUGCACAUGUUGAACAAGCAUUUGAUGUUGCAAUCAUCUAGUGAAGAACAGGUAUGUGAAAACAUUCCCAACAGGGGUUUAAGACAAGGGCUAGCCUUUCAAUGGGUAGGCAUUAUUGAAACCAUUGCUGUUUUACAGAGCAUUCCAAUAUUGUUCUUCAAAAAUAAUUUUCUACAACUACAGAGAUUACUGCACUUUAUUCCAAGAAAAGCUUUUCCUCUGUUCUAAUGAGGUGCAUUCCAUCAAUCACCCUGAUCUCAUAACUUGCCUACAAGAGCUCCCAGUAUGCCCCCCAACUAGCUUGCUCUCUGGAAGGGCUGUUCGUUUCUCUUCAGUGGAGCAGUUCUGCUUACAUGCUUUGCCUCUACUGAACUGGCCAUCAACUGAAAUGAAUAGGGUUGGAGCCCAUGUACCUAUAGGACCAGCAUGCAAAUAUGCACACAAGGUUCAGAGAGCAGAGCCGUGGGGACAGAGCCGUAUGACACAUGGUUUUGAUUCAUUUGAUCAACAACAAAAUAAGAGUUUGCCAGGACACAGUUUUAUGUAUUAGAAUUAAAGCUGUUCAGUUAAUUAUUUAAUGCUUUCUGAUUGAUAUUAUUAGUUUGUAUUUUUAUAUGUCUUGUCUUGCUACCCAUGUAAAAUUCCAGAACAAGAUUUAAUGUCCUUUUUUGUCAAGAGAAUGAAUUACAAAAGAAAAGUGCAUUUGUUUGUGUUUUAAACUAGGAAUUACAUCACUUCUUUAUCACACUAAAGCCACAUCACCAUCUUUAAGCAUAAGCAGUUGCAUGCAUGCCAACAGUCUCAUGAUCUCUGUGAGGGUUUUUUUUUUGUACUGUCUCUUGGCUGAUGUAUCUCUUGAGAUUCUAUCAUCUGCAUUUUAGCAUUGUGAGCAACUCUUAAUUACUAAAAAUGGUAUCUCUUCCAACAAGGAAUAGCCUACAAUAGGCUUAAACAAGAGAUUGGUGAUUGCUGAAUUUCUGAUGUACCAAAAUGCUCAGUUGCUUGCAAAAUGUAUUUUGUCACUGUUAUAGCACAUCCAAAGCUAUUCUGUGGGCCUAUACAUUUGUGUGUUUACAAUAUUCCUGUUGUUCUUGUGUGCAUUCAACUUUAUUAAAGCAAGUUGCACACACUUCCA